GAGCAGCAUCAAGUGGGAUUGUCUCGGACUGCGGGGUCUAUGCAGCCUUCUGUCCCACCAGGCUCCAACAGCGUGGUCACGGGCACAAGCUCUGGGGGUCCUUUCCUGGGAAACCAGCCGCAAGCAGCCAUCAUGAAGCAGAUGCUGAUUGAACAGAGAGCCCAGCUCCACGUGAUUGAGCAGCAGAAACAACAGUUUCUAAGAGAGCAAAGGCAGCAGCAGCAGCAGAUUCUAGCAGAGCAGCAGCUGCAGCAGCAGUCACAUUUGCCUCGGCAGCAUCUGCAGCAACAGCGGAGCCCGUAUCCAGUGCAACAGGUCAAUCAGUUCCAAGGUUCUCCCCAAGAUAUAGCAGCUGUGAGAAACCAAGCAGCACUCCAGAGCAUGAGGACGUCCCGAAUGAUGGCCCAGAAUGCGAGCAUGAUGGCCAUGGGUCCCUCCCAGAACCCGAGCACGCUGCCCACGACCGCAGGCCAGUCAGACAUGGGCAUAGCUCCUUACAGCAACGCCUCUUCCAGCCAGUCGGGAAUGUACAGUAUGAGCACAGGGAUGAGCCAAAUGCUGCAGCACCCAAACCAAAGUGGCAUGAACAUGGCACAUAACGCAGGCCAGGGAACGAGGCAGCCUGCCACUGGACAAGCGGUGGGAAUGGUGGGCAAUUUCGGUCAGAACAUGCUGGUGAACUCCGCUCUUCACCAGCAUCAGCAGCAGAUGAAAGGACCUGUGGGCCAGGUCUUACCCAGGCCACAAGCACCACGACUUCAAAACCUGAUGGGGACUGUCCCUCAAGGAACACAAAACUGGCAGCAGCGAGGCUUACAAGGUAUACCUGGAAGGACUAGCAAUGAGAUGGGACCCUUCAAUAACGGAACGACGUACCCAAUGCAGUCUGGGCAGCCGCGGCUGUCCAAACAACACUUCCCACAGGGGCUUAAUCAGGCAGUUGUGGACACGGGCGGAACAGUAAGGGCCCUGAACCCAGCGAUGGGGAGACAGUUGCUGCAACCACUACCUGGGCAACAAGGAGCCAGCCAGGCCAGGCCGAUGGUCAUGCCUGCAAUAAGCCAAGGGGUCCCCACGAUGUCAGGCUUCAGUCAGCCUCCGACGCAGCAAAUGCCGGGUGGUAACUUUGCUCAGAGCAGCCAAGGCCAGCCCUACGAGAGGAAUCCCACUCAGGACAUAUCUUACAACUACAAUAAUGAAGGAGCAGGGGGGUCAUUCUCCAGUUUAGCAGAGGGCGCAGACCUUGUGGACUCCAUCAUUAAGAGCGGACCAGGGGAUGAGUGGAUACAAGAACUCGAUGAGUUGUUUGGAAACCCCCAGUGAACGGGCUUGUAUAGUCUGGAGCUUUGGUUGUUACUUUGAAAAAAAGAGAGAGUUGGAUGUUCUCCCCAUC